GAAAGAUUUGCUUAUGAUAUUCCAUUCCGGUGAUUCUCUGUGUACAUAUUUGGCUUCGGUACUCAUUCGAAACUGCUCCCCGUCGCCUCUUUCUGAGUCUGGCUUCUCUCUUUCCGAAACUCGGUCAUUGCUGCACUCGGAAAAGCAAGGGAAAAUUUUCUGGGAAAACGUCACCAUCGGGCAGAAUCUCGACGACUCCAUUAGUUUGGGUUUUGUAUGACCCCAGGGAAGAAGACUCGCCAGUCUCGGAGCAAUAUUGUCAGAACACAGAGCGACAUGAGCAUGCCACGAUAAGGCUGUGCACACCCUGAAAUCUCGCGCGGACUUCUCACACUGCAUAUAUCGAGAGAGGCUCAACGCUGCGCCUUAUGCUGUCGGUUCCGAAGCUCGCGUAAUCCCGGGUCCCUUUGUCGGAAUUUCAUUAACGGCCUAUCAACACGACAUAAACUGCUCUGCUUGCAACCAUGGGUCUUUUACAGUUAGGGACGCCACUAGACUGGCCUGGGGCCAAAAAGGCAGCAAAUCAAGUUCGAGAAUGGGGCAUCGAGGUGCGGCUCAAAGUCCGGGGAAGAGGGAACAACACUCCAAUGUACUGACUUGGGAUCAAUACUAGCAACUACUCACGAUAUGGCGAAAGGCAAAGAGCAAAGAACGGGACGCUCUCCUUUGGGGUGACGAGGUAUUGACUUUCUUUCGUCCAGAUUGGACAGAGGAUUUUUUUCCCGGAUCCCUCUCUAACCCCGUACUUCCCAGAUUGAAUACCUCGUCGUCGCAAUGGACGAUGAACAUCAAAAGGUCCGGCUCUCAUUAUGUCAAGCCGAUGUUUUAGAGGCCCUUGCAAAGGACCAAGAGUUGGCACGGCAUGAUACGAUGGUCCCCGAUAUCCAGGAAGGAAACAUCAAAAGCGGUACCUUGCCCACGUUCCACCCCGAGUUUGGCCGGUUCAUGCUCGAGGCCACCCCGGGAAAACCGUGGGGCAUCGGUUUCAAAGACCUCCUCGACGUCGAAUCGGACAUGCGCAACCGCCGUGUCAUCGCCAAGCAACACAUGGAUGCCGACACGUACCCCAUCACCCUGACCACCUUCCCCCGUCUGGGCACCAAAGAUGACUUUAUCACGCCGUACUACCCGCCCUCUGGACCGGCGUUGCGGUCACAGUUCGUGCCGGACGAGAUCGCCAACCCACACAUCCGAUUUCCGACGCUGGCCGCCAACAUCCGCUCCCGACGGGGCCGCAAGGUCGAACUGAACGUGCCCGUCUUCAAGGACAAGGAGACGCCUUCCCCGUUCCACGACCCUACCGUCAAUUACGACCUCCACAGGUGGCCGGAGGACGACGACGUGCGCAACGGGGCGGCCAAGACCGACUGUGUCUACAUGGACGCCAUGGCGUUCGGGAUGGGAAGCUGCUGCCUCCAGAUCACGUUCCAGGCCAAGAACAUCCGCGAAGGACGCAAACUGUACGACCAACUUUCGCCUCUGGGGCCCGUCCUCCUGGCCCUCACGGCCGCGACGCCCAUCUACAAGGGGUUCCUGGUGGACACGGACGUGCGCUGGAAUCAGAUCUCGAGGGCCGUCGACGACCGCACCCCGGAGGAACUCGGGGAGAAACCGCUAGACGGCAACUCGCGCUGGCGCAUCCCCAAGUCCCGCUACGCCAGCAACAGCACUUACAUCGCCCAGGAGGACCCCCGCCUCCGCCCGGAGUACAUGGACCCGGACCUGAUCGUGGACGAGCGGCUGAAACAAAAACUGGUGGCCGGGGGCAUGGACGACCUCCUCGCGACUCAUUUCGCCCACCUCUUCAUCCGGGACCCCCUGGUGGUCUUCGCUGAGGACCUCGAGUCCCUCGACCCCGAGGGCAGCAACCAUUUCGAAAACAUCCAGUCGACCAACUGGCAGCACAUGCGGUUCAAACCGCCCCCUCCCGACGCCGACAUUGGCUGGAGGGUCGAGUUUCGCAGCAUGGAGAUCCAAAUCACCGACUUCGAAAACGCCGCCUUCAGCAUCUUCAUCGUGCUCGUGACCAGGGCCAUUCUCAGUUUCGACCUCAACUUUUACAUCCCCAUCCCCCGGACGACGGAGAACAUGGAGACGGCUCACGCCCGGGACGCCGUCAUGAAGGAAAAGUUUUGGUUCCGAAAGGACCCGUUUCUACCCCGACGUAACAGUCCCCGUGCCAGUCCUUUGCUCAACGGGGUCGUCGGUGCCGCUGAACCAGCGUCCGGUUCCGACGACAAAAACGGCGAGGCCAACACGAAACCCAAAUUCGGCCCGGUGGAAGACGAAUACCGACUGAUGACCAUUGACGAAAUCAUCAACGGGACGCAACACUCGGCGAGUGGUGGUGGUGGUGGUGGUGGUGGUGGUGGUGACGAGGAGCCAAAGGACGCCGCCGACGACGACUUCCCAGGUCUCAUCCCGCUGGUAGAGUCUUACCUGGACAGCGUCAACAUCGACGUCACCACCCGGUGUGAACUGGCGAGGUACCUGGACCUGAUCCGCAAGAGGGCCGACGGGACCCUGUGGACCGGCGCGAAGUGGCUGCGGGAGUUCGUCCGGACCCACCCGGGCUACAGGUUCGACAGUGAGGUGAGCGAAAAGGUGACGUACGACCUGUUCAAGGCCGUCGAGGAGGUGGGAGGGAAGGAAGGGAAGGACGGCGCCGUGGGGUGGGAAAUGUUGACCGCCAAGGAAAGAGCAAGAGGUUGGGACGGAUGACGAUGAUUGAUGAAGAAAAAGACAGUGGACGGAGCCUUGAUGAUGAUCAUCAUCAUGACGACCGAUGACCGACUUACGAUGAGGAUGACAAGUCUUUCAUCGUACGGAUUUGUACUGUCGAGUCUUGUGGCAAUGUCUACGAGGCAAAAAGAGGUUUGUGGUGACAUGAUAGAGACUCACUCAAUGCACGCAUAGUACCUACAGUAGUAAGGUGGUCGUACAAGUUUAUGAACAUGUACGGAUUACACUACCUUGAGGUCAGAGCACACAAGAUGAACGCGAAAUCGUACACUAGGCACACACGGUCGAGGCUUGAAAAUCAUGUCUCAUUCUCAUUAUCGUUCUCAUGCUCGAAUCGCAUAGCAC